GUUAUGUGAACAGAAGGAGCCUCAAAAUCUGAUUGCAAGUGGUCACAGGAGACACAUGUUUGAGAUGCACGUUAUUACCAGGUGUAAACAGCAAUGCAUUUAGUCUGACCACUUGUGAUCGCUCCGAGAUGGAUGAUAAUACCUGGUGUAAACAGGACCAUAAUCAUCCUUCCAGAUACAUGUAGACUGUACGAUGAUGACACCUAUUGACUCGUUGGCUACGACGCACGUUUAUGUAGAAGAAUAAAACAUCAUUAGCAUACGCUAGUGGUAAAAAAAAAAGAUCAUAGUGAAUCACACUUUGACAGUAGAAGUUUUUAUGUGUGCUGAGUACCGUGGGAGCAGCGAAAGGGGAAGAAAUAAGAGAAUAUGCCCGGCUUGCACUAUGGACUCCAACAGCACCGAGUUGGGCCUUUACUCGCCAUCCAACAUCCUUGGAGUGGAAGUCUACCUGGCAUCCACUCCGUGGCCACUGCUCCAGAACACAAGCCUCAUCAACCUCAGUGCCGUAUUCAAGCUCAAUGGGAGUAAUUUCGAGGUUGAAGGUCAAUCCUAUGAUCCUCUGGGGGGUCACUCACUCUGGCAGGUCAUUCUCAUCGUUGUCUUUACAGGACUGCUCUCUCUUAUUACUAUUAUUGGCAAUAUCUUGGUCAUGGUGUCAUUUAAGGUAAACCGUCAGCUCAAAACGGUUAACAAUUACUUCCUACUUAGUUUAGCCGUGGCAGAUCUUAUCAUUGGGGUCAUCUCUAUGAACUUGUACACCACCUACAUUGUCAUGGGCCAGUGGGCAAUGGGAAACUGGGCAUGUGACCUCUGGCUAGCAAUAGACUAUGUAGCCAGCAACGCAUCUGUCAUGAAUCUGCUGGUCAUUAGCUUUGACCGAUAUUUCUCCAUCACAAGGCCUCUGACAUACCGUGCCAAACGUACCACCAGGCGGGCAGGAGUGAUGAUUGGCCUGGCAUGGUUUGUGUCGCUCAUACUUUGGGCUCCUGCCAUCUUGUUUUGGCAGUAUUUUGUAGGAGAAAGAACUGUUCCACUGGAUAAAUGUUACAUUCAGUUUCUCUCCGAGCCUAUUAUUACAUUUUGCACCGCGGUGGCGGCUUUCUACCUGCCGGUGACGAUAAUGAGCGUUCUAUACUGGCGAAUAUACAAAGAGACAGAGAAUCGUUCUCGGGAACUUGCAGUAUUGCAAGGCUCAGUUGGAAGGUUCGGAGGUGUCGAGAGGCCGCACUUCCACCUCCACACCACUAGAAGCAGCAGCAAUUUCGAACUGGGCCAACCUGGCCACAAACAAAGCUCCGUUACUGGCCUGAGUGGGCGAUUCCACUGCUGGGGGUGGAAGUCAGGUGGGAGGGAUAAAGGUGGGCCACACCGGGAGGGAGAUCAAAGUAGCAGUGACAGCUGGAACAACAAUGAUGCUGGACUGUCAGCUGACCAUUCAGGCUCAUCUGACGAUGAUGAGAGUGCACCGUCCACCACGCGGGCAAUCUUCUCUAUUGUUCUCAAUCUGCCUGGCAUGAGGGCAGCUGUAAACUCCCAGGUCACUUCUUGUGAGGAUUUGGACACAGAGGAAGAUCCAUUACGGCCCCCUGUGGUGAACGACGACAGGGAUGGCAGCAUCUCGCGCUCAGUCAGCAACGGGGAUAAGCGGUUUAUCGGAAGCAUUAGUAAAGUUCAUUCGAUGUCUGCUAUACAGUCGUCGACAGAGCCGAACGUAGAUGGCAACAGCACCGCCGUCAAAUCUCCCUCAGCACCCAUAACUUUCCGAGAGGCAGCUUUAGCUAAACGUUUCACAGCUCGCGCAAGGACGCAAAUCACCAAGCGGAAGCGCAUGUCGCUCAUAAAAGAAAAGAAAGCAGCGCAAACUCUAAGUGCCAUUCUUUUCGCUUUCAUUAUAACCUGGACGCCUUAUAACAUCAUGGUGCUAGUAAACACUUUCUGCAAUGGCUGCAUACCUGAGAACCUUUGGGCGCUAGGCUAUUGGCUAUGCUACGUUAACAGUACAGUAAAUCCUAUGUGCUAUGCCCUUUGCAACAAGACAUUUCGUAGCACUUUCAAGAUGAUCCUGCUAUGUCGCUGGGAUCAGAAAAAAAGCAAGCCAAGCUUUCCACAAAGACAGACUGUGAAGUUUCACAGGAGCAUACCGACAGACUCCACAUAGCAACUUGGCUAAUUUGCUAAUGCUAACAUGUAAAUUGCGAGGGGUAAUUCCUAAUUAGUAUCUGUACUAUAUACUGAAGCUUUAAUGUGUGAAUCUCAACGUGGACGUGUAGUUCAGUCACUUAUUAUCCCGGUUCACUAGAUUGUAACAUUUUAAGACACUGUGAUUUAGUGUAAAAAGAGCUUCAGUGAUACUGAAGCACAACUGAGCAAGUGCUGUGGCCAUCAGUACUUCCUGUGGAUGUUUUAUAUGCCUUACUAAAUCUGCAGUGGCAACUUGCAGGAGUUCUGCUGUGACAUUAUAAAGUACAUUAGAAGUGGAGACUGUAUAUUUUGAACCUUAGAGAGCUGAUCAGAUGUGAUACUCAAUUAAUUGUCUGAAAAUUUUGGGGUUGAAUAUUAAAUCUCAUUGUUGUCAGUCAACAGAAACUAAGAUUUUUAAAUUAGGUGAUGUAUAUCAAAGUAUUUACAGUGAAGAUAUUUCUUUUUGUAAGUGAAGUUUGCUGAUUUCUGUGAAAGCGUGCCUCACAGAGGUUCAGUAUCUUUGCUGUCUCUGUAAGUGUAAGUGUUCUUCUGCAACAUGUGAGCCACAGUUGAACAGUUUAUAGGUUUUUCUCUCCUGUUGAGAUUUUUGGUUAUUCAUAAACAGCACUUCCGUAAGCUGCUCUUGUAUAAAGCGUGGUUGUUUACAUUUGUUUUGUUACAAGUAUUUUAAUAGCUGUUGUGUAGGUUUUUAGUGCACAUUGAACAUGUUUGGAAUGCCUUAUGUUUGGACUUUGAGAUUGUGCACUGAAUAAACUGGGCUAGCUGUGAAAUCAUUUAUGAAACCUAAAGAAUGUUUUUAACUGUUUAAUUGACUUUCAUAUUUUGACAUUAGUGUGUUGGAAUGUAAUUCCAUUUGCAACCAAACUGUUUGCUCUGUCACCAACAGAUUUGGAAAUUACAGUUUUUAACAUCAGCCAAAUUAGUUACCAAAAGUAGCUGCAGAUUUGCUUGAUAAGGAGCACACAAAAUACAGACCUAUCAAUCAAAUGUGUGUUUCUUCAACUGUGGGCUCCUUUGGCACUGUGGAGAAAAUAAGUUUAUUCAAUUUGCCCACUAACUACUGUAUAUCCAGCAGUGAACUUACAAUUCAUGCAUUAUGUUAUGUCGUUAUGUCAUAUAAACAGUGUAAUUUCCAUCACAUCUCAAAUUAUGUUUUUAAUAACAUUAAUAGAGUUUAAUAACAUACUGCAAUUGAAAUUGUAUGAACAUUUAUGGAAUGCAAUCUAUGGAAUCCUUUUUCAUGCUAAAGCUAAUUUCAUAGCAUUUUACAGUACGUAUCCUAAAAAUACACUAUUAAAUAAACUUUUUCACAAAAAUUAAAGCUUGAUUGGAAAUUACACAAAUUGUACACUUGCCAUUCAGUUCCAACCCUUUGGGUUGUCAGGAAAUAAUAAUCGCCUGAUUUGUAACUUACCCACCAUUUGUAUUAGGAACAGUAUUUAAAAAAAAAAAAAAAAUGUUUUUAUGUUUUACAUUGCAAAAGAGGCUGUCUGAUUUGUAAGGCCUUGUAAGAUCAAAGUUAAAAUUGAGCUUCUGUGCAUUGUGUUAUUUGUGGCUGUGUUCUUGUUUUGUUCCAGAUGGGCUGUGUACAAGUCAGAGUUUAAUGAUAGAGUUUAUGUCAGAUUUGUGAUAACUGUUGAAUGUUACAAAAAAUACAGCCCAGUACAAAAUGCAUUUUUAUCCUCAGAUUGUUUCUCAAAAUAAAUGUUCAAUUUUAAAAUGUAUC